UUCCUCCGUCCCCUUCCAGAUAUCCGCCGCCACCUCCCUCCCACCUCUUGGAUCUCUCCAUCUCCAUCAGCUCCACCCGCGCGAUCCCAUCUGCCACCCGGGCUUGCACAGCCUGCGCUCCCUGCUGCGCUCCCUGCUAGCCCUCCUCCCAAGGUGGAGAUGGCCAACGGCGGCAAGGUCGUCCACACGCCCCACUCAGCGCCGCCUACGGUGCCAUCGGCGCAAGUGUCGAUCUAGGAGUCGGUGCGCGCGUGCGGGGUGUGGGGGCGGGAGGUCGACAAGGCCGACCUGCGGCGCCGCGUCGUCAUGCCCCUCUAGGCGCACCGGGCCAUGGCCGCCGCCGUCGCCGAGAAGGACGAGGCCGCGGGAGUGGCCAUCGCGGCCGCUGUCAGGGAGGAGAAGGUGGAGGAGGCGGAGGAGGAUGGGCGAGCGAAAUCCAUCACGGCAGCUCACCGCCCGCAACCGCAGAUCGAAUCAAUCAGCGCACGGUCUCUCUGCCCGCCAUGCCACCAAACUGCCGCGAUGCCGCUCGCCUCCGCCCGGCCGCCGCCGUCGGAGCAGGGCCCGAGCGCCUCCCACUCCUCCGCCCCGGCGGCGGACUCCUCCGUCGCGGCCCUCAUCGGCGGCGAGGUGGUGACGCCGAUGGUCGUGUUCGUCAACUCCAAGAGCGGCGGCCGACAUGGGCCCGGGCUCAAGGUGCGGCUCCACGAGCUCAUCAGCAAGGAGCAGGUGACGACCUGCACGCUCCAAGUAGCUCGGUAGAUUUCAUACAUGCACCGAGUAGUUUACUAUGCAGAUAAUUUAUUUUUUGAAGGAAAGGGAUUGCUCCACCUAUUUUCAUUAGGGAAACUAGCCAACUACAGAGACAGUAUAUCCUACCUAGGUCUCUCUAUUUUCUUCUUAUGUAGCUUUUAGUCUGUAUUUCCUUGAUAGAUGAAACUAUGGAGCGAAACAUGAGUUAUACUGUCAACUGAUGGCUGACUUCAGUUUGAAGUAGAUCAGGUGGCUGCCGCCACUUCCUGCACCUAAGUAAAGUCAUAUUUCCAUCUAUAAAAUAUACAUUCCUCUACCGAACUAUCACGCACUAUGAACUAUUGUCUCCUUAGUCAGCAUAAGAAAAACCAAAGCCCGAGGCAAGAAAGAGAAAGUGUGACGGUGAAGAAAUCAAGGAUCAUGCCCACUCAGGACAAUAGUGGAUAAUGCAGAGCUCUCAAACCUCAUUCACUGGAGAAAGAAUUGUGUGGCCAGCGAUCCAUAAACAACAGGACUUCAAUGUCAUCAUCAAAGACUUGGCAGAGAACAAGAUCAACCUUAUUCUAAGGACCCAGCUAACAAUAAAUGUAUGAUGAUAGCUUCAAAGAAUCACGGAUGCACUCGUAUGACUUAGCUGGCAAUAUACAUCUGCAUACCUCGCUUCUGUGUGUUGCGUACAUCUAGGUAUAGUUGCAUGUACAUUAAGAGUACAAGGUGCGUUGAUGACCAUCAUAUUCUAAGGAAAAAUCCAUUGGUGGUGUGGACGUCCUUGUAGACCAGCUCCGACUAUAAAGUUAGAAGAAGCUUUACUUCAUGUUGGAACAAAAUGGAAGUUCCCUCUGAUGUGAUGAUGUUUAUUAUGUUAUAGAUUGUAAGUUGAUGGUAUAUUGACUAUUGCUAGAUAUUAUAUGCCCUGUUAAUUUUCUAAGUUACUAUGAUGUGAA